AUGUCAGUCAGUAGCUUACCAAAAUCUGAUGACACAAACAAAAGUAAAAUUAGUAUAAUACCAAAGACUUUAAAAAAAGCUGUAUCUAUGGAUUCGCUGCACAAAAAACCUUCAGGAUACAUAAAAAAAAGAAAUAUAAGCCUUGAUGUAAAUUUAUCUGGUAGUGGCAAUUGGUUUACAACGAAUGAUACAAAUGAUUCAAAUGAUCAUAAGUUAUCAAGUGAACGACCAUCGUCAGAUUUACCUGAUGAAGCUUUUGUGGUUGCGUUGAUCGGUAAACCAUCGGUGGGAAAAUCAACAAUAGUUAGAACUGGUUUGAAUAAUUUGGCGCCAAUAAGAAAUGUUGGUGUGGAACAAAAUAUAUUACAUGCUCCGACUCUUAUAACAGAGAUUGAAGUUGAUGAUCAUGCUUAUCCAGUGGAAGUUUUAGAAAUUCAAGAAAAUGUUUUUGAUAUGAAAGCUCCUUUACGAUGGCCAAAGGAGCUUCCAGAGAUCGACGGAAUUUUAGUAUGCUAUGAUGUAACAUCACGGGCGUCAAUAGCGAAUAUAGCGUGGCUUCUAAAUGCUUUUAAAGAAUUCCAAAUUCCCACGAUACUUGUCGCUAACAAGGCAGAUUGUGAUCCUACAAAACGCCAAGUAGAUACUGAAUAUGGUGUAAAAUUGGCCCCGUUAUUCGAUGUCGGUUUUGUGGAAUUAGAUACAAGAACAAAUAAUGGAAUACAAAGAAUUCAUAAUGUUUUUUCGAUGUUAAUAAAAUUAUCGAUAAGGCAUCGUGAAUUUAUUAAGGGGCGUCAUAAUAGUCAAGAAAUUAAAUCGGAUGAUUUAUCAUCUGAUUCUUUCUGUAUACAAAGUAUUGGUAGUGAUGUUGAUUCUGAAAAACUUUCAAGUCAUAGGAGGACUUCUAGUGAUUUAAGUCAUGAAUCAAGAGGGCGUGGGAGAUUUUCUAAUUUCUCCGCUGUUCGAUAUAUGAAAUCAAGAUAUCGCAGUAAAUUUGGUUCUUCUAAGGGUGAAUCAAGAAAAUCUCGUUCUCCUUUAAAUAGAGCCAGUAGUGAUGAUGAAGGUUCAUCUUCAACACGUUCAAAUCAUCGUUCAUUAUCACGUUCCCCAUUUUCUUCUUCCCCAUCUGUAUCCGUAACACCGUCAAAUACUCCUCCGAAAUCAUCUGUUCUGUCUCAAGUAUCACUUCCCUCGUUUCCUAUAAUUAGUAGUAAAUCCUCUCAUUCGGAUAGAAGCUCAUACAGGCGAUCUAUUCUCCCUUCUUCAACUUUAUUACAAGUAAUGGAAGCUGAAGAAGAAAAAGAUAUUGUUAUCGUAAGAACUGGUCAUAGUAGAACAUCGUGUGGGAGUUAUGAUUCUACUGCUAGUUCUGUGAGUGCAUUAAGUGAUAAUUCUUGGGAGGGUUUUUUUGUUAAUGAUCCUUUGGGUCAUAACAAAUGUACUGGAAAUCGUGGUGAUGGAUUGACCAUAGAUGAAUUAAUUCAAAGAUUAACAGUUGGAGGCCAAUAUGGUACACAUGAUGAUCCAUUUACUAUAACAUUUUUUGUUGUUUAUCGUGCAUUCAUGAGACCUCGGGAUGUCCUUAUUAAAUUAAUGAAAAGAUUCGAUGAGUGUCAACAAGAUUCGGGAGAUAGGAGGAAUAAGACACAUGAGAAAAUAUGUAACCUAUUAUAUCAUUGGAUAACACAACAUCCACAUGAUCUUAUUCAUGCUCAAACGCGACAAUUAAUGCGUGAAUUCUUUGAAAUAAUAUCAAACUGUUCUCAUCUUUCAUAUUAUGCUAUAAUUCUUGAUCCUUUGGUCAAUGGAACUAUACCAGAAGAUGAUCCUGACAUGUUUUGGGGAUUUGUGGACACUACAGAUGAGAAACUCAUCAAACAUGAUGUGGAACGUAAAAAUAUGAUUACUAAAAUAAUUCCACAUGCAAAGAAGGAUAGUGGUUUUGGCGGUUGGACAUAUUUUGAUAAUCGUGAUAAUCAUCAAACUGAAUCUUCUAAUUUAUCAUCCCUCUCGGUUCAACAAACUAAUAAUCGUACGAGCAGUCAGCCUCAUCAAAAAUCUUCGUUAAUAAUUGUCCCUGAUAGCUCUAUAGGAAGGCCUAUGAGUCAAUUAACUUUUGAUGAGUUACCUGAAAAGGCGAUCGCCAACGAGCUGACACACCAAGAAUUUCAGUUAUUUAAAAGAAUUACUGGUAGAGAUUUGUUAAGACAUAUUUGGACACCACAAGGAAGCAUUCAACGUGGGAAUGGACGUGUUGCAAAGGUCUCAACAAUGAUACUAUCACAAGAAAAAUUGAAAAGUCGAGCGGCCAUGCUCAAAAAGUUUAUGAAAGUUGCAGUGAUCGUACGUGAAUCAAAUAAUUACAAUACAUUAAUGGCCAUAAUCGCUGCAAUAAAUUCUUCUCCUAUUACGCGCCUUCGUAGAACACGUGAACUUUUAAAGGGCAAAUCUUGUUAUAAAAAGUUCCAUAAUUUGGAGGUUUUAAUGUCCACUGAUAAGUCGUUUGGAAAUUAUCGUAUGGCGUUGAAAGCUCCGUCACGUGGACAUGACGAACUGAAAGGAAUACCUUAUUUAGGUAUUCAUUUACAGGAUUUGUUAUCAAUUGGAGAAGGUAAUAGGAACUUUCAGGAAGAUGGCAGAGUUCAUUGGAACAAGUUUGCACUGAUGGGCGACGUGCUCAAUAUGAUUCGUAAAUUUCAAAAGCCCUCAUAUAAUAUUAAAAGUAAUAUGCUUAUUGAAAAGUUCAUUGUCGAUACUGCUAUUAUGAACGACGAUGAGUUAUAUAAAAAAUCAUUAGAACUUGAACCUCGCGUCCAAAGAGCUGCUAGUGAGAGUAGGGUUCGACG